AAGUGGAUAUUUAUACUUAAUAAAACUGAAAUUUUCUCGACUGAAGUAGUAAAAGGCUGUCACGAAGUCCGUUCGAUGAAGUUGCCACGAAGGAUAUGCGUUAUCUAAUGAAAUAAUAGUCUGCGAAAAACUACAAAUCGAAGUGCUAAAAUUCAUAAUAAAUACAUACAUUUUAAAAGUUCAAAUAGAAGCCUUAAAUACAUAAAUACGUAUAUACAUACAUAUACAUACCUACAUUUAUGUAGCUCGAAAAUACUAGAUAUACAGCCAAUAAUCAAUUACCAUGGCAGUUCAGUUGAACCCGUACAAUAUCCCAAAUAUGAAUCUUCCACUCACCAUAACGCCUAUAAUACCUGCCUUAAAAGAUUUGUCCGUUUCUACGGCGGCACCGUCAAAACCGGAUCAGCCUCCAUCGCAGCCGGAUUUAACAUUUCAUUGUAUGUGCUGUCCGGCGUAUUUUGUGAACCCUUACAUGCUGUACCAGCACAUGAACAGCCAACAUCCACAACCACCACCAGCCGAAGGGAUUGAUAAAAUCCCAUCCGAAGACGAUGACCAAGAUUAUAGUUGGGUGCUUGAGCCAGUUUGCGAAAUAGUCGAUAUGGGUGGCGAUGGCGAUGAUGAUGAUUCGGAUAGCGAUUCUGACUCGGACGAUGACUCGUCGAGCAGCUCAUCGCAGAGUUCUAGUAGCAGCUCCUCCACUGUAACAGCCUCCAAUUCAAAUUCUAAUACCCAAGACUCGAUUUCAAAUGAAGGGCACGGUGGCGGUGAGGAUAAUACUCGCAUGACCGCAGUAAGCACUAACACCGUGCCGCCGGCUAUUUAUGAAGAAAUUGUUGGUGGCGAGUCGACGAGCUCCUUAAGUACGCCUAGUGAGUCUGCCUUUCCAAUGUUUAAAUUAAAGACUGCAGAUCCACGUGAAUCUACUUCGAUUAUUUUGCUUAAUCCGUGUCACACAGUACAACCUUUGCAAUCAAAUACAAGCAUAACACCUGUCGUGAUUAAGCCGGGAAGGGGAAGGCGCAGCGCUGCACAGAACGCUCAGCUUGCUGCUUUGACUAAUGGUGAUCAGAAGUGUUUUCAGUGCGCACAUUGUGAGGCCUCCUUUCAAAAUGCGGGCGAUCUUUCCAAACAUGUUCGAUGUCACAUCACCAAUAAGCCAUUCAAAUGCGCCAUCUGUGAGAAAACAUUUACCCAUAUUGGCAGCUUAAAUACGCAUAUUCGAAUACAUAGCGGCGAGAAACCGUAUAAAUGCGAAAUGUGUCCAAAGGCAUUUACCCAGUCAAGCAGCCUAAUGGUGCACGUUCGUUCUCACUCCGUACGCAAGCCUCAUCAGUGUCAUUUAUGUGAUAAAGGCUUUAUAAACUCCAGCUCUCUUGUGUUACAUCUGAAGUCGCAUGAUGAAACUGAAGUCUUUAAUUGUCCUGAAUGUGACAAAUCCUUUAAACAGGAAGAUUUACUCGAGAAGCAUUUACAAAUGCAUACACAAGAACUUGUCUAUCAGUGUUCCAUCUGCCAUGAAGCUUUUCGCACAUCCUCUGAGUUAGUGCAGCACAUGAAGUGUCACAUGGGAGAAAAGCCGUUUACGUGCUCCAUCUGUGAUCGUUCUUUCACCCAAUCUGGUAGUCUUGGCAUACAUAUGCGCAUUCAUACCGGUGAACGACCGUUUCAAUGUAAACUGUGCGAUAAAGCUUUCACGCAGGCAUCCAGUCUUAGUGUGCAUAUGAAAAUUCAUACGGGUGAAAAGUCGUAUCCUUGUCAUAUAUGCGGAAAAUCCUAUAGUCAACAGGCGUAUCUCAAUAAACAUAUACAGGCCCAUCUGACAGCAGGACAGACUGAUUCGACGGCGAAUGCGGCCAGUAAUUUACCGUUUCCAACUGGUGUCAUGCAAUCGCAGGAAACUCUCGUUUGUAUAGUUUGUGGCGUAUUACAUAAAGAUGUAAACUCAUUGGCAUUACACGUUACACAGAAGCAUGCUGUGCUGUUGAAUAACAGUGUUCGCAAUGCUGCGGCACAAAUGCAGAUGUCGUCCGAUAAUGUCAGCGAAGAGGAACGUCGAUUGCAGGAGCAACAGUACAUGCAGCAACUGCAGUUAAUGCUGCGCACCGCGAAUGGCGGUGCUUUGCAACAUAUUGCAAUGGAUGUGGAUAUGGGUAAUGGCGUAGUAAAAGUUGAAGUGGAGGAAGAGGAAACCGGAAGCUUUGAACCGGAUAGAGAAUAUAAAGAAAGUGCACAAAUACCAGACUUGGAUAUCAUUAAGCAGGAAUUCGACCCAGAAUCUUUCGAGGAUUAUGGCGCUGAAGAAGAAGUGGAAACCGAAGAAUGAAUUAUAUUAUGUCUUUAAAAAUAUUUGUAUAGAAUACCGUAUCCUGGCAACAAUAACAUUAUAUCAAAGGACGUAAAUUUUGGCCAAACUCAGAUAAUUUAUUUGCUAUGCAUUCUACAUACAUACAUAUAUAUAUACUGCUGUUGGUCUAAUUUUACAUAUUUAAGUACAUGCAUACAUACGUGCAUAUUUUAAUAAUUAGUAUAUACACCAGCUUUGGCAUUUUUUACCUGCUCUAUUUCAGUAUUGUUUGUAUUUAAUAAUUCUUUACCUGUGUCCACAGCAUGAUUUUAAAGAAAUACAAUUUUUGCUUGCAUACAU